AUGGGGUUUGUGAGGAUGUUGUUUACAGGUAUCAACCCUGCAGGGAUGAAAUGCUACAGACUUACUGCAGUGUGUGUGGUGUUGCUGUGUGUUCUACUGCUGAUUGCCGUCACAGUGAUGUGGAUCAAAUUCAACAACCUUAAUACAGAAAAAGACCAGUUACAAACCAGUUACAACAACCUGACUAAAGAGAAAGACCAGUUACAAACCAGUUACAACAACCUGACUAAAGAGAAAGACCAGUUACAAACAAGGUGCACCACCCUGAUUAAAGAGAAAGACCAGUUACAGACCAGGUACAACACCCUGACUAAAGAGAAAGACCAGUUACAGACCAGGCACAACACCCUGACUAAAGAGAAAGACCAGUUACAGACCAGUUACAACACCCUGACUAAAGAAAAAGACCAGUUACAGACCAGGUACAACACCCUGACUAAAGAGAAAGACCAGUUACAGACCAGUUACAACACCCUGACUAAAGAAAAAGACCAGUUACAGACCAGGUACAACACCCUGACUAAAGAGAAAGACCAGUUACAGACCAGUUACAACACCCUGACUAAAGAGAAAGACCAGUUACAGAAACAAAAAGACGAAUUUCAAAAACAGAUUAUUAAUUUGGGAUGGACUUAUUUCAGUUCCAGUUUUUACUACAUCUCGCAAAUAAAGAAGAGCUGGACUGAGAGCAGACAGGACUGCAGAGAGCGAGGAGCAGACCUGGUGAUUAUAAAGAGCAGAGAGGAACAGGAGUUUAUCCUGAACUUUCUGGGCAGCAGCAGAAGGGCUUGGAUUGGUCUGAGUGACAGAGAUACAGAGGGAGAGUGGAAAUGGGUGGAUGGUACACCACUGACCACUGUGUACUGGCUUGAUGGAGAACCGAAUAAUGCAGGUGAUGAGGACUGCGCUGAGAAUUUGUAUAGUUCAGAUAAGAAAGGGUGGAACGACUUGCCAUGCUCUCAAAAUCAAUUAUGGAUCUGUGAGAAAAGGGUUUUUUCAUAA